GGCAGAAAAGGGCUUUCAGCACCUUGGACAGCGCGCGCAGCAAACAACAUGGCUCCGAUCACAGCCAGCAGAGAAGAAUUCGAUGAAAUUCCAACAGUGGUUGGGAUCUUCAGUGCCUUUGGGCUGGUCUUCACUGUCUCCCUCUUUGCUUGGAUCUGCUGCCAACGCAAAUCUUCUAAAUCAAACAAGACUCCUCCUUAUAAAUUUGUUCAUGUGCUGAAGGGUGUUGACAUUUAUCCUGAGAACCUCAACAGCAAGAAGAAGUUUGGUGCAGAGGACAAAGGGGAAGCCAAAAACAAGCCAAUUAUGCCAAAGAGCUCUCUGCAUCUUGACCUGGAGAAGCAAGAUCUGAAUGGCAACUUCCCCAAAACAACCCCUAAAAUACCAAGUUCCUCAGAUGUUGAGGGCUUUACUCCAAAGUUCUUUCCUGAGAGGGAAAAAGAUUCAGUGUCCCCUGACAGCUUGAAGUCUGCCACAUCAAUAUCUUCUGAAGAAAAGCAAGAUAAAUUAGGAACUCUCUUCUUCUCCAUUGAGUACAACUUUGAAAAGAAGGCUUUCAUGGUGAACAUCAAAGAAGCACGUGGCUUACCAGCCAUGGAUGAACAAUCAAUGACUUCUGAUCCAUACAUCAAAAUGACAAUACUACCAGAGAAGAAACACAAGGUGAAAACUCGAGUGCUAAGGAAAACCUUAGAUCCAGCUUUUGAUGAAACCUUCACCUUUUAUGGGAUCCCUUAUACUCAAAUUCAAGAUCUGAGUCUCCACUUUAUGAUCCUGAGUUUUGACCGGUUCUCCCGAGAUGAUGUCAUUGGAGAAGUCCUCUUUCCCUUAUCAGGAAUUGAGUUGUCUGAAGGAAGGAUGCUGAUGAACAAGGAAAUCAUCAAAAAAAAUGUUAGGAAAUCUUCUGGGCGUGGUGAGUUGCUGAUCUCACUUUGUUAUCAGUCUACAACAAACACUCUCACUGUGGUUGUUUUAAAGGCCAGGCAUCUACCUAAAGCUGAUGUUUCAGGAUUAUCAGACCCCUAUGUCAAAGUGAACCUUUACCAUGCCAAGAAAAGGAUCUCCAAAAAGAAAACACAUGUCAAGAAGUGUACCCCCAAUGCGGUGUUCAAUGAACUUUUUGUCUUUGAUAUUCCCUGUGAGGGUCUUGAAGAGAUCAGCAUUGAAUUCUUAGUACUGGAUUCAGACAGGGGAUCUCGGAAUGAAAUCAUUGGCCGGUUAACCUUGGGGGCUUCUGCAGAAGGAACAGCUGGAGAACAUUGGAAGGAAAUCUGUGAAUACCCUAGGAGACAAAUAGCUAAAUGGCACAUGCUGUGUGAUGGCUAACGAAGGAACAGGAGGUUGGA